AUGCCCUCCAAAUCCACCACCCAAACCCCCCUGCAUUCGAACCCCGUUACCCCUCGCAGGAACCUCGCCAAAGCGAUGCAAUCUCUGCUGAUAGAACGUGCAACGAACCUCAAACUCCGGGGCGGUUUCGACUUCUUCUCCAAAAAUCGCAGCGCACCACCGAUGACAUCGGAAGGGCCUGACACGCGAUUUUACCCGGGGAGCGUCCCGGAGGGUCGAUCCAAGAAAUGGCCGACUGUGGUAUUGGAGACAGGCAAGACAGAAAACCUCGCACGCUUGCAGAAGGAUGCCGAGUCCUGGCUAGUUGAUUCUUCGGGUGACGUGCGGAUCUUCAUCCUCUUGAUAGAACAGCCUAAUGGGACUGUCAGGUUCGAGAAAUGGGUCCCUGAGGAGGUUCAUGAGUAUGGGCCUUCUGGUACAGGCGGGCCGAAAGUGAAGGUCGUCGCUGAACGGGAUCAGACUGUUGUGGUUGGGCGGGCUAGGGGUGGUCGAGUGGAGGUGAUAGGGGGUCCAUUGGUCUUGGAAUUCGCGGAGGUGUGUUUGGACGAGCCGCAGAGGGGUCAGGAUGAUGCCUUUGUGUUUGGGGAUGCUGAGUUGGCGGACCUGGUCUAUGGGAGGCGUGCUUGCACGGUGGAUGAAUAUGAGGGGUAUUAUGAAGAUGCUGAUGCUGAUGAUGAGGGGGGGGAGCAUGAUGAGGAUGAUGAUGAUGAUUACAAUAUCGUCGAUUAG